AUGGUUCAAAAGCAUCGUUCAGCUUCGAAAGCCACCUUAGCCAAGGAUGUGAGUCCAAUGCGCGUUAUGGCGGUCAACAAGAAAGCGCUCGCCUCGAGUCCCGCCACCAAUACGGCCGCACGCCUUAGUUUGCCUACAGCAGCAACAAGCAGCAAGAAUGCAGACAAGUGGAAAUACAACAACAUGGUGAAUAACCAACGUGAGCUCUUCAAUAAUUUGCAUUUCUACUGA